AUGGACUGUGUAGCCUUAGGCAAAGACUUCUUCUUGAUCAAAUUUUAUGACAAUGAAGAUUAUGAGAAGGUGCUUCGAGGAGGACCAUGGUUCGUGGGGGAGCAUUUCCUAGCUAUCAAGCCUUGGGAACCAUAUUUCAAGGCUUCAGAAGCAAAGUUCACAUCAGUAGCAGUAUGGGUAAAACUCCCUGAAUUACCCAUUGAAUUUUAUGAUGCGAUGGUACUGAAGGAGAUUGGCAGUGCACUUGGGCCAGUUCUGAGGAUUGAUUCAUUCACGACUACUGGUUCUAGAGGUAGUUAUGCAAGAUUAUGUAUCCAAGUGGACUUGGAUAAGCCCUUAAUUUACUCUAUUAAAAUUGGAAGGUUGAAACAGAGGGUCAUGUACGAGGGAAUUAGCUCUCUGUGCUUCUGUUAUAGACGAAUUGGACAUAAGAAAGAGAGCUAUAGCUACCAAAUCCUUCCCAAGGUGGCCGAAACAGUCAAGGAGGAUAAUACUCCUGCACCAUCCAAUGAAAGGAAAGCUGAAGGACAGGAAGGUCAUAGAUUUCAGGGGGAUGGCGGUGGCGCAUAUGGGAAACUUCCCAACACUGAAAUUGAUUCAGAUUCUAGCCCCAAUUCGGAAAUGCGACCUAUUGAUCUGCUGCAGGGAGGAAAUCACUGGAAUUCUGAAGUACAUGAUGGUGUGGCGACCAAAUUGGGUGGCUUCCAAGGACCUAUUGAGGAGACUGGGAUAGAGUAUGAUGAAGGAGACAGCAUUGGUGUCUAG